AUGAAGCUGAAGCAGCGCGUGGUUCUGCUGUGCGCCGUGCUCCUCCUGCUGGGGUUGGCCAAGAUAUUCCUUCUAGAUGGCGGUGAUGGCUCGGCGGCCAGCCGGCGUGACCUCCGGGCCUUCCGCAAGAUGGAGGCCGGGCUGUCUUUGUCGCGGGGAGCCCGACUGACUCACACCCUGCAGUCACCGUGGGAGAUAGCUAGCCAGUGGGUAGGCCCCCGAGAGGUGUACCCCGAAGAUGCGCCUGAGCUGGCCGCUGUACUCACCGCACUUAGCCAAGCCCGCGUUGAGAGUGCCGAUGUUGGCUUUAAGGGCACGCAGCUCAAGGCCUUGCUGGUGCUGGACGGCGGACAGAAGGUGGUCUUCAAACCCAAGAGAUACAGUCGCGACCACGUGGUGGAAGGGGAGCCGUAUGCCGGUUACGAUCGGCACAAUGCCGAGGUGGCUGCUUUUCACUUGGACAGAAUCCUGGGCUUCAGGAGAGCGCCCCUUGUGGUGGGAAGGUACAUCAACCUGCGCACAGAGCUCAAGCCUGUGGCCAGCGAGCAGCUGCUCGCCACCUUCCUGUCGCAGGGUAACAACACGUGCUUCUACGGAAAGUGCUACUACUGUCGGGAGAGCGAGCCUGCGUGCGGCCAGGGCGACAUCAUGGAGGGAUCUUUGACGCUGUGGUUGCCUGACGUGUGGCCGCUGCAGAAGCACAGACACCCUUGGGGACGCACGUACCGUGAGGGCAAGCUCGCCAGGUGGGAGUACGAUGAGAGCUUUUGCUCCGCGGUGAAGAAGAUGCCGCUGUACGACGCCGGGCCACGCCUGCUGGACAUCAUCGACACAGCCGUCUUCGAUUAUCUGAUUGGGAACGCCGACCGCCAUCACUAUGAGACUUUCCAGGAUGACGGCGGUGCAAGCAUGCUCAUCCUGCUGGACAACGCCAAAAGCUUCGGGAACCCCGCUCUGGACGAGCGCAGCAUCCUGGCACCGCUUUACCAGUGCUGCAUGAUCCGCGUGUCCACCUGGAACCGGCUCAGCCUGCUGCGGGGCGGUGCCCUGAGCGCGGCCAUGCGGCAGGCGCUAGCGUUCGACCCCAUCCGGCCCGUCCUGGCCGAGCCGCACCUGGCCGCUUUGGACCGCCGCCUAGCCGGCGUGGCGACUGUCGUCAAGCAGUGCAUUGAGGCCCACGGUGCGGAAAACACCCUAGUGGAGGACCGCGUAAACCUGCCGCAUCCAUGA